CGGGGAGGCUGUGAUGGGUUGACAGGUGCGUGACAAUCGGAGCUCUCUGCAAGCAUGUACGCCAAAGGCAAGAGUAACAACGUACCGUCCGACAGCCAAGCGAGGGAAAAGCUAGCACUCUACGUGUAUGAGUACUUGUUACAUGUAGGAGCCCAGAAGUCGGCACAGACCUUCCUGUCAGAGAUAAGAUGGGAAAAGAACAUAACGUUAGGAGAACCUCCAGGAUUCUUACAUUCAUGGUGGUGUGUAUUCUGGGAUUUGUAUUGUGCGGCACCUGAGAGAAGAGAAACCUGUGAGCAUUCCAGUGAAGCCAAGGCAUUCCAUGACUAUAGUGCAGCAGCAGCUCCAAGUCCUGUCCUUGGAAACAUGCCCCCAGGAGAUGGCAUGCCAGUCGGCCCCGUCCCUCCAGGCUUCUUUCAGCCUUUUAUGUCAUCACGUUAUCCUGGCGGUCCCAGGCCCCCUCUCAGAAUACCCAAUCAGGCAUUAGGUGGAGUCCCUGGCAACCAGCCGUUAUUACCCAGUGGUAUGGACCCAUCAAGACAACAGAGCCAUCCGAAUAUGGGCGGGGCUAUGCAGAGAAUGACUCCGCCCAGAGGGAUGGUGCCUCUAGGACCUCAGGCAUAUGGAGGAGGGAUGAGGCCACCACUCAAUGCUCUUGGUGGUCCUGGGAUGCCGGGGAUGAACAUGGGUCCCGGAGGACGACCGUGGCCGAAUCCACCCAAUUCCAACAUGAUCCCGUACUCCUCGGCAUCUCCAGGGAGUUAUGUGGGUCCACCCGGGGGAGGAGGGCCUCCUGGAACUCCCAUCAUGCCUAGCCCUGCAGACUCAACGAAUUCUGGUGAGAACAUGUACACCAUGAUCAACGCAGUGCCGCCCGGAGGAAACAGGCAAAAUUUCCCUAUCGGCCCGGGUGGGGAUGGUCCAAUGGGCAGUAUGGCAGGAAUGGAGCCACAUCACAUGAACGGAUCAUUAGGGUCAGCUGAUAUGGAUAGCAUUCCCAAGAACUCUCCCGGUAACCUGAGCAUGAGCAACCAACCUGGAACUCCUCGAGAUGACAGCGAGAUGGCCGGAAAUUUCCUCAACCCUUUCCAGAACGAGAGCUAUUCUCCAAAUAUGACCAUGAGUGUGUGAAGACCUCGUUUUGGACAUCCUGGUGGAUUCCACCUCACAACAAGGCACUUGUGCAAGCGCGCUGUAGCCAGCCCUUUUCUGCUUUCUGAAGAAGAUGGGUCCAAGCCUUUCCUUUUUCACUCCUAUGUUCGUUUGGUUUUAUUUUCAAGGAUAAUUCUUUCACCUCCUCGGCCGUGUCACACCGAGGGAUGAAGCUGAACCAAGUUGGACGAGAACGACGAAUCAACAUUCUGUCUAUAUUUACAUAUAUCUUUGUGUAUAUACUGUAUGUGGGUGUUCAUUCAAAGUUACACGUGCAUGUGUGUAUAAAAGGACAUAUUAUUGAUCCUUGUACGAGCUUGAAAGGGACACAGAAAGAUUAUGGACUUUAACUAUGUUUUAACUAAAAUCAUAUUUAUUUUAAGUAUGAUGUAAAUUUAUCGCACGGGGGUCAAGUACUUACAAUGACAGAUCAAUAAACCCUGAGCAAAAAUCACAAUGAAAACAUCAAUUUCCCAGUGAUAACAUACUGUAAUUGAUGCAACGAGAAUAACAUUUUCAUUAAUCAAAGGGAGAAACAUGGGCAGUUUGAAAACCUACGAGUUUGAUUAUUGUUUUGUUGUCACUAAUGGAAAUGUGUAAUUCCAACUGCCGCCUGUAAUUUAUCAUUUUACUGCAUACAGCCUCUGGACAUUUGUGCUCAUCUAAUGCAGUCCAAUCAAAUCAGCACCGUUGAGGUUUUGUUUGCUUAUAUUUGAAAACAGGUGAUUCGUUUUUUCAGGACGAUGCCUAAGAAGAACAGCCAUUCCAAAUGUACACUUUAAAAAUCCGAGAUGCAAACUACUCACCUUUUGGCUAGUCACCUUUUUGAAUUUGCUUGGUAACAUUGUUACAUAUGUUAUAUUUAUUAAAAUCACCUCAAAGAGGUGCUUAAGCUUAAACACGUCAAAAGGCUUAUACUCCAAGAAACAAACCAACUGAAAAUAUUCCCGUGGAUAACCUGAUGUGACUUUCUCUCAUUUUUCACCUCUCAUGAGUUUGCAUCCCUGAAACGUUAUUGAGCCCCUUUCCAUUUUAAGUGUUGGAUGAGAAAAGGACAUCCUCCCGAACUGAACUGUGCUUCUACUACAUCACUGUACACAAGAUCGCCACACUAGCUUUAGUUAACGUUGUUUUACGAUGAAUAUUUGCUUAUCAGAUACGUCGUUUGUCACUCUUAUAUUGCAGUGUUUUCUUCGUGAAUAUCUUUGCAUGUGAAUACAGAAAGAAAAAUGGAUUUUAUGAAAGGAUCAAUGAAUCAUUCAGAGGAAGGGCACAUGGAUUGGAACUGUAAUUUCGUACAUCUGUCAUUCUAAUAAUCAACUUAUUUAUACAGCCGUUGUUGUGUCACCCGGAGAAACUGUGAUUUGCAUUGCUUUUUUAUUUCAAGUGGAAUUAUUAUUAUUAUUAUUAUUAUU